UUAUGCCAUAGAGCAAAACUUUAUCCAUUCGCAUGGCGUUUUAUUUUUUCCCAACCGUUUUCUACCGAGUUUAACGGCCACUUUCAAACACACACACUGUUCGCUGAAUAAAACGAACAAAAAAAUAGAAAUAAAGAUAAAAUUUACCCUGAAAAACUAAACAGGAAAAAAUUCAAGUGCACAUAAUUUGGCCAUCACACAGUGCACAGAUUUUGUGAGGGGGAACAUUUUUGGCAUUUUUGCAGCUCAACUUGCUAAACUAUUUGAAAAUUUUGGUGCAACGCUUUUUUCGCCCCCCUCUCUCGACUUUCCCACAGCGGAAAAGAAAAACAAAAAAGAAAGGUAAAUAAAUUUAUAUAGAAAAACAAAAGGAGUGCCGCCUGGCAACCAUGCCCCACAUUAAAACGCCAUAAGAAGGCAAACCAAAAAGGGUUGUGAAUAAAUUUCGGCUUUGUUGGUUCAAUAAGCUGGAGCGUUGGCAACAUGGCCGUUGUUUGGGACAUGAGCCAAUGGACGCAGGCGUGGCGGACCGACAGUCUGCAGCCGACGGUCCGCUCGAGCGGUACAAGAACGACCACAAGCGGUACAGCCAUGUACGGUCGCACGGCGGGCGGCGCCAAUCAAUCGGUGACGAAUGGCACCUCGAAUAGUGGCGCUAAUAGCGGCGGUGGUGUUAGUGGUGGUGCCCAGGGACACGAUAAGCUGAAAAUUGGCUUCUGCACGGACCUGGACAAAUCGGUUUUGGUCAACAAUUUCGAGAAACGCGGCUGGCAUCAGGUGAAUGGCGAUGACGAUUGGCAUUUCUAUUGGGCCGGCGUGCAAACCUGCCGGAAUAUAUUCAGUGUGGACAGUGGUUAUCGAAUGCACGACAACCAGAUGAUCAAUCACUUUCCCAAUCACUAUGAAUUAUCACGCAAGGACUUGCUGGUCAAGAACAUCAAGCGUUAUCGCAAGGACCUCGAAAGGGAUGGCAAUCCAUUGGCGGAGAAAACGGAAUCCAACAACUCCAGUGGCACCAGAUAUCUGUACCUGGACUUUGUGCCCACGACUUUCGUCCUGCCAGCGGAUUAUAAUAUGUUCGUGGAGGAGUAUCGCAAGUUUCCGCUGAGCACUUGGAUCAUGAAACCCUGUGGAAAAUCGCAAGGAGCGGGCAUAUUCCUUAUAAACAAGCUAUCCAAACUGAAAAAGUGGUCCAGGGAGGCCAAGGGUCCUUUUCACCCACAGAUCGCCAAGGAGUCGUAUGUGAUAUCCAGAUAUAUAGACAAUCCCCUCCUAAUUGGUGGUAAAAAAUUCGAUCUUCGUCUGUAUGUGCUAGUGGCUUCGUUCAGACCCCUGAAGGCUUAUCUAUUCAAGCAGGGAUUCUGUCGUUUUUGCACUGUGAAGUACGAUACGAGUGUCACGGAACUGGAUAAUAUGUACGUGCACCUGACCAAUGUGAGUGUGCAGAAACAUGGUGGCGAAUACAAUACCCUACAUGGCGGCAAGUGGUCAGUGCAAAAUCUCGCCUUGUAUCUGGAAGGAACCCGGGGAAAAGAGGUGACGGAUCGCUUGUUUGGAGCCAUAUCCUGGCUCAUAGUGCACUCCCUGCGAGCUGUGGCCCCUGUGAUGGCCAGUGAUAGACAUUGUUUCGAGUGCUAUGGCUACGACAUCAUCAUAGACAAUGCCCUGAAACCUUGGCUUGUCGAGGUGAAUGCCUCGCCCUCACUAACUUCGACUACAGUCAACGACAGGAUUCUGAAGUACAAGCUGAUUGACAACAUACUGUCCGUGGUCCUACCGCCCGAUGGAGUGCCCGAUGUGCGCUGGAACAAGGUGCCCAGUGCCGAUGCCUUGGGCAACUUUGAACUGCUCAUAGAUGAGGAGCUGGCCGCCCAGGAUGAGCAACACCAAAACAGCAGCAGCAACACCCAUAGUAAAACAUCUAAGAUGGGCAGCCGGUGGAAGUGACGAAAGUAGUUUCGGGGAGGGGAAUCGUUGGGUAUUUAAAAGCUAUUUAUUAACUGGUUAUGUGUGUCUUGUGUUAAUGAAGUAAAUACAAUUAUACAAAGAGAGCAAAAGUAAAAUAAAUAAUUUAUUAAAUGUA